AUGGAGGUGGAUUCAGUUCUAGUUAAUGGCUUUGAGGAGCAAGCAUUUUCUCCGUAUUGUUAUGACGUUUAUGAUGAUUUUGGUGAUCCAAACAUAUUUCCUAAGGUGGGUGAGCAGUACCAGGCUGAAAUUCCACCUUUAAUGUCAGAAUCUGACUGUUCUUGGUUUCAAAAGAAGCCACAACCCGAGGACAUUGACAUUACAUUGGUCAAUGGAACAAAAUUGGGGGCAUCUGGAAAUUCCAGUGUGCAACAAGAAACAAAGAUUGGGGUGCAUGAGAAUAAAUGCAAAGGCCAUUGUCUGGUUCCUGGGUCUUCAACUGACACCUGGAAUGAAAUAGAAGAGGCCAGUUUCACCCUUGGCUUGUAUAUAUUUGGGAAGAAUCUUGUUAAAGUGAAAAGAUUUAUUGGCAAUAAGACAAUGGGGGAUAUAAUGGCAUUCUACUAUGGGAAAUUUUAUAAGUCUGAGAGAUAUCAAAGGUGGUCUGAAUUGAGGAAAAUGAAAAGCAGAAAAUGCAUUCAUGGGCAAAAAAUUUUCACAGGACCAAGGCAACAAGAGCUUUUAUCUCGUUUACUACCCAAUGUACCAGAGGAAUGCCACAGCAAAUUUCUUGAGGCUUCAGUUGGGCUCAAUCCUCUUGUUGAGGCAGUUGGAGUUGGUACAAAAAAAGAUCUUACAGGUCUCACUGCAGAUUCUGUGAAGUCCACUCAGGCACUUCAUGUUCGUCUAGAAAAACCAGUUGGCAAAGAUUGCUCAAGGCUUACACCUGUAGAAAUAAUAAACAUUCUAACAGGAAAUUUCAGAUUAAGUAAAGCUCGAUCAGGUGAUCUCUUCUGGGAAGCUGUUUGGCCUCAUUUACUUGCUAGAGGUUGGCACUCUGAGAAGCUGGGAAGUGAUGAUAAUUAUGUUGUUGCUUAUAAGCAUCCUCUUAUUUUCUUAGUCCCUCGAGUUACAAAUGAUGAUUGCAUAACCAAGGAAGGAAAUGGAUGUACUAAGGAAACAAAACUGGACCAGGAAAACUCCCCUGAUUCGCAACACCAUUGCUAUCCCAUGCCGCCAACUCCAAUUUGCAGUACAGAAGUAAAUAACACAACUUUGAGUAGAACUGAGAUAACUGAGAAGGAUUCUACUUCUGAAGAUGAUUGUAACAAUGAGGAUGCUUCAGAGGAGCAAACAAAAGGAUCUGACUUUUUGGAUUCUGUGUGCUUGGAUAAGGGUAAGACUGAUGCUUCUGAUGCCAGUAAAUUUAUCAUCAUUGCUAAGAAAGUCCCUUCUCGCAUUAAUGGUAUAGAAAAUAAACAUUUAGAAGAAGUGGUUCCAAUAAGAAGCAUUGGUUCUACUAAUCCAUCUGUGGUCUCCAAGGACCAGAAGACAGACUUGUUGAGUAACACACAGGAAAUAGAUGCUAUGGAGUGCCAAUCAAUCAAGAGAAAGGUACCCGAUAGCAACAAUAUUGAAGAUCCUCCUGUUACAAAAAAUGGAGAUUAA